UCGCCUCUUUUGUUGACCCGCGACAAAAACUGUAACAAAAUAUACCGUUUAAAAAAAUGGUAAAUAUAUACUUUUAAACAGAGUUUAAUGUAGUCAAUAUGAUUCUUUUUGUGCUCGAAUUGUGCGCGUGUUUUGUGCUGUGUUUAGGGCAGAAUCAUGGAGUUAAAGAACCGGUAUAUCGAAUGAAUUUAGCUAAAUUCAGUGAGUCGACGGGCAAUUUUACAAUAGAGUUGUUAUAUCACGUGGCAAAACGACAACCGGACCAAAACUUCGUUGUGUCCCCGUUCGCAGCGUGGACAAUGCUAGCGGUGACUUAUGAGGGCGCAGUGGGUAAUACCAAUGAAGAACUGCUCUCGGCCUUACGAUUUCCCCGAAAAAGCCCUCGAACAACAGUUAGAUAUUACUAUCAAGAAAUCGCGCAAUGGCUUGUCGUCAACAGAACCACGGCCCAAUUUACAAAAUUCAGCGGAAUAUUCAUGGACAGGGUAUGGACUGGAAUGCAUAUUGACUUCCGUCAAAUUGCGGAAGAGAUUUAUAAUACAGAAGCAGUUGACUUACCGUUCAAAAACAAAGCAGCAGCGGCCACCAUCAACCGAGCAGUAUCUCUAACUACCGAAGACAGGAUUCCCACAUUAAUUGAUGAAAGUCAUUUGAAUAACACACAGCUGAUUAUCGCCAGUGCUGUAUAUUUUAAUGGGCAGUGGACUGCACCAUUUAAUGUUAUUACAGUUAAACGAGAUUUCUAUAACAGUAUUGGGGAGAAAAUUGGUGAAGUGAAUAUGAUGUAUAAUAGAUACACAUACCCGUUUGCGAAUAUUAGUGAACUUCAAGCAAGUGUGAUCGAGCUGCCUUAUGGUGUUGAAAACCAUAUGUCUAUGAUAUUAAUUCUGCCAAACCCUGGUAUGACUCUAAAAGAUAUGUUCUUAAACUUCCUCAAAGCGAAUCUUAAGACAGUAUUUCAAGAGCUGAAAGUCUCUCAAAAAGACCGUGGUGAUGUUGAAAUUGAUUGUUUCAUCCCACGCUUCAAAAUUGUAUCAAAUAUUGAAUUAAACGAAAUUUUAAAAAAUGGUAUGAGAAUACAUGACCUUUUUGACCCAAAGAAUGUCUUCUUGCCUCGCAUGUCCCGGUGGCCCAUUCGUGGUACAAGGGUCAUACAUAAAACCGAGAUUGACGUAACUGAAGAAAGCAGCACACCAUCGGGAAAUAUAGCUCCAGAAUUUGCAAAUGACAGUAAAGUUCUAAUUUUUGAAGCUAAUCGGCCAUUUAGUUAUUUUAUUGUGGAAAAACACACAGACACUGUUAUUUUGGCAGGAGUUUACCGAAAGCCUAUUUUAUAUUGAGUUGUGAAAAGAAUUGAUUAUCAAAAAUACCCAAAUAGUCAUAUUAGUAUAUAUAUUAGUCUAAUUAUAAAAGAACACCACUGAUAUAUUUUACUGUACGAUGUUUAAUCACACAUGUAUAAUGAGUUAAUGAGAAUAACACUCACACAUAAAUAUAAAGUGUGCUAACAAAUUAGUUACCAUAUAUUUACAGCUGAUAGUAUUCGGGUCCUGGAGUAUAUUAAGUAUGAAACAUUACAAUACAAUACAAAUACUCUUUAUUGCACACCUCAAUACAGAAACAGUACAAAUAAUAUACCUAACAUAUAAAGAAGAGGUAAACAACAGGCGGUCUUAUCGCUAAAAAGCGAUCUCUUCCAGACAACCUUUAGGUAGCGGAAUAAAAAAAAAAUCAAACAAACAUUAUAGGUUUUAUGAUGUUCUUUUUUGGAGAAAAUUGGCAAACAAAUUUCUUACGUAACAGGGUGUCUGUUAAUCAGUUAUCUGAUUUAAAUGAGACCUCAUUUAACAGAUUCUGCAACCUUUUUUGCCUAAUGUUUAACUGGCCACUUCACGUUGAUACGUUAAACUACUACUUGACUGACGGACUACGUGACUAUGUGUUAUAAACAAUGUUAAACACGGUUAACAUCUUGUCAGUUAAAUCAUAGUUAAAUAAAUGCACAUGAUUAUAAAACUAAUUCUACGGAUUCCACUCACGUGUUUAGUCACUCGCGCGACAUGUUUCGGAGAGCUUAGGUCUCCUUUCUCUAGCACUAAUGGCUCCUCUACAUGAUGGCCCAGCGUAGGCCAGUCCUAGGGACGCAUUUAUGCGUUAGAGGGAGCAAGUGAUAUUGCUAUCUCAUUUCACCGCAUAGCUGCGUCCCUUGGACUGGCCUACGCUGGGCCAUCGUGUAGAGGAGCCCUAACAGUGCGAGCAGCGUUCACGACGGCCAUGAGUGGAAUCCUUAGAAUUACCUAGUUUAAUGUUAAUAUGUCUCACGACAGUUUACCUACAAUUUAUUUUGUUGUUUGGUAAAUUAAAACAAAAAAUAUGAAAAGUUUUCUUAAUUUAUAUUUGAAGUUAAAUUAAAUUAGUUUGAAGUUAAUAUAUUUAAUGUUAAUUACCAUGUCUUAAAAUAUCGGUAACUAAUUUCAUAGCAACUUAAGUACAUAUAAUGGGAGUGGGUAGGUAAUUUUUAGAUAUUUGAGACUUUUAAAAUGUUACCGCAUUUUGACCUGUUAUCACAUUUUUUUAUUUUAAUAAUUUAAAUUGUUACCGCAUUUUUAGAUAUAACUAAAACAGCUUAACGAAUAUUGAAGUCAUGUUCCAAUUUCUUUGGUUAUUUAUAUACCUACCUAACAGGUAUCGAGGUAUAUCCGCAUUGCUCGGGGUUCCCCAGCUUUUAAACUUUUAUGGAAUUUCACAUGAAUCAACUGCCCAGUAUGCUUUUUUCAUUUAAAUUCGACAUAACAUUCGGGCCCACAUUUCUUUGGUCAGUUUCUAUCAGAGCUCAGUUUGCACGGAUACUUUCAAGAAAAUAAUAAAAUGAUAAAAACUAUUGCACAAA